GGAGAGGCGCCUGCAGAUGAUCACCAAGGAAGAAGGAAGACAGACAGCCCUCAGCAGGAAACUGGUGCCCUGCCAGAGGAGACUGAAGGGAGAGAGCACCAUGCUGCAGAUACAGCUGUCAGAGUGUAAGGAGCGUAUGUUGGAGCUAGAGAAGGCCUUGGAGGAUCCAGGACAGGAGAACAGGGCCAGAGAGCUGGAGGGGAACGACCCAUCUCCUGUUGAACUCAUCCAGAAGAUAGAACAGCUGGAGGUUGGCUUGGCGGAGCGGGAAGAGCUACUCCUGGAGAAGGACUUGGUGUUUGAGCAGGUGACCCGGAUCUCUCAGCGAAUAAGAGCGAAGGCCGAGAACGGCAAGCAGGACACACUGCAGCUAGCCAAGAAGGUGAAUGAGUUGCAGGGCCGUAUCAAGGAGUCAACCAGGAGGAUGAUGGCUGUGGUGUCUGAGUUGUCGAUGCGCCAAGCCAGCGCCAUGACCCUGCAGCAGGAGCUGAAGGAGAGGGAGCUGUUCCUGGACACCUGCCACCGGCGCCUGGACCAGGGUCUGCCCCCUCUGAAGACCUGGAGCAGGAGUGGCAACACAUCCUCAGGGAUGAGCAGCGCAGGCAGGCCGACCAGCAGGAGAAAGACAGGGUCAGUCACCUCCAUGACCCUCUACCACAGGACUUUGAAUUAG